AUGGCGCUGCCAUUGCUUCCCCCCGUAAGCCGCACGCGUGGCGAGCUCCUGGGGCUCUUCCGGGGCCCCACCGACAAGUCGAACUGGGUGGUCCCUGGGCUCGUCCUGUGCGGCGACCGCAGCGGCCUGGACUCCGCGGAGGGCCUCCGCGCCAUCCUGGAGGGGGGUGUCACCACGAUCGUCUGCCUGCAGACGCGCCCAGAGUUGAAGGUCGCGAUCGACUACCGGGCCCGCGCGCUGGCCAUCAAUGAGGGGACGCGCUUCGUGGAGCAGCCGAUACAAGACCAGAAGGUCACGAGCGACGCGCUCGUGGAGCAGCUGGUCGCUCAGCUGCUCGAGCGGCUGCGGGGCGGCGAGGUGUUGUACGUGCACUGCCGGGGUGGCCACGGCCGCACGGGCACGGUCUGCUCGCUGCUCCUGGGCAGGCUGUACGGGCUGGGCGCACCCGAGGCGCUGGCCCGCACCCAGCUGUACCACGACACGCGCAGGCAGCCCGCCUUCUACCAGGGCGAGUACCGGGAGACCGCGGACGGGAGCAGCUGCGUCAUCCUCUUCCCCUGCCAGCGGGAGCAGGUCCUGCGGCUGCUCCCCGCUUCCCGGCCCAGCGCCCCGCCGGCGGGGGCGCCCGCGCCGGCGCUGCAGCGCGCCCUGAGCGCGGAGUACGGCGCUGGGGCCUCCGUGCACGGACGGGAGGUCCUGGAGAGCUGGAAGGCGCUCGCGGCCGCCGCCGCCGCGGCGCUCAACCAGGGCCGCGCCGGGUGCGGCGCGGAGGGGCGCGGCACGGAGGCGCUGCGCAGGGCCGCGGAGCUCUUCCGGCAGGCGGCGGAGCUACGACCCGCCUUCGCGCGCGUGCACGCUGGGCGCGCGCAGGCGCUGCGGCUGCUCGGCGACCUCGGCGAGGCCCGCGCGGCGCUGUCGCGGGGCCUGCGGGCCGCGCCGGGGGAGGCCGCGCUGCUGCGGGAGGCCAGGCUGCUGGAGCGCGCCGAGGGGCAGCGGGGCGCGCCGGAGGAGUGCGCCGAGCAGCGGCAGAGCGCGCCAGAGGGGGGCGGCGCUGGCGGCGAGGCGGCUGGCGGGGCGGAGCCGCGGGAGGUGGCGGCGCCCCUCGCGUGGAGGCCGAAGGUUGCGCAGCCCGCGGUCGUCGUGCUGGUCGGGCUCCCUGGGUCUGGGAAGAGCUCCUUUGCGGACCAGCUCGUUGCCUCCGGGGGCGGCUGGGUGCGCGUCUGCCAAGACGAGCUCUCUGGCCGCAGCGCGUUCGAGACGGACGUCGGGCGCAUCGCGAAGGACCCAUGCAAGCGGCUGAUCCUGGACCGCACCAAC